CUCCCCCUCCCCAUCCCCGGCCCCGUCCCCCUGGUCCCUGCUCGGAGAACUUUGGGUCCUCGGCUCCGCCGCCCCUCGGGCCAUUCCCGGACCACCCUCGCCGGCCCCGAGCGCCCGCCGCGCCGCGCCUUUACGAGCCCCGCGUCGGGCAGGCGGGCGCCCGGGAACUUGGGGGAGGGCUCCUCAGCGCCCCCUUAUUCUCCCGAAUCCCCGACCGAAGCUGAACCUUUCGAUCAGUUCCCUGGGGGUCCCGCACUCCGCACCACAUGCGCCCUCCGGGAGUCCCGGGCCCAGAGAGGGGCCGCAGUCCCCGACCUCGCCCGCCCCUCCCUCACGGAGAGGAAACUGAGGCGGCGAGCGGGGCAGCGGUGCCCAAGGUCACCCGGCUCGGGGAGGCAGAGCUGGCCCGAGAGCCCCGCUCCUGCCUCCCCUCUCCGGCCGGCUGGUGCAGACGCUCCUGGGCUGCAUCCUGCGGCGCGCCCCGGAUGACACCCCGCCCAAGGGUGCUCGAGGCCCUGCUUGACGGGGAGCGGCCGCCGAGGGGACUGGCCCGGGAGUUAGCCCGGAGAGGGCAUAGUUCACGUCUCCCGGGGCCCGUCAGCAAGAGCGGGAGCGGCUUCUGCCGACCUCAGGGAUGAGCCUCCUGACGCCCGAUAAGCCGGGGGCCGCGGGCGGGGGGUGUGCCGACUCGGGGCCCCUUGCGGCUGCUCCCGGGGUGCUCGCGGCGUUCGAGAGGGGCGAAGCCUUGAACGCCGGGAUUAGGCGGAGGAGUCAGCGGGCAGACGGGUUGGCGGAGGCAGGCUCGAGCUUUUCCGACGAGUUGGGACUCGUCUAAUGGACUGGGAGAAGAGACGCCGAGAUGCUCCCAGACGAGUCACAGACAAAACCGGUGGGACGGAAGGAGCCAGUCACAGACAGCUGGUGCUGCAUCAGUCUCGAAGGAAGAUGAACCUGAAGUCUGAACGCAGAGGGAUUCAUGUGGACCAGUCGGAACUCCUGUGCAAGAAAGGAUGUGGUUAUUAUGGCAACUUGGCUUGGCAGGGCUUCUGCUCCAAGUGCUGGAGAGAAGAGUAUCACAAAGCCCGACAGCGGCAGAUUCAGGAGGACUGGGAGCUGGCUGAACGGCUCCAGAGGGAGGAAGAAGAAGCCUUUGCCAGCAGUCAGAGCAGCCAAGGGGCCCAGUCUCUCACCUUUUCCAAAUUUGAGGGAAAGAAAACCAAUGAGAAGAGUCGCAAGGUGACAACGGUGAAAAAAUUCUUCAGCGCCUCCUCCCGAGGUGGCCCCAAAAAGGUGGCUCAAGAGAAAACUCUUAAGCAAGGACAGCUUGGGAGGGAGCGAAACGCUGAUAACCUGUUCAGGGACUUGAAGGAGAUUUUCACUCCCACCUGGGAGCUGACCUCACCUUCUGAAGAGAUUCCGGAGGCAAAAGCUGCAAGCCCUUCCCUUCACCGGCAGGCCAGCCUGGAGACGGACAGGGCGUCCAAGGAGUUCAUAGAAUUUCUUAAGACCUUCCACAAAAUGGGCCAAGAAAUCUAUAAGCAGACCAAGAGCUUUUUGGAAGCCAUGCAUCACAAACGGGAGCUGAGUAUUGAGGAGCAGUCGGAGUACGCCCAGGACUUUUACCAGAAUGUGGCCGAGAGACUGCAGACCCGGGGGAAAGUGCCCCCAGAGAAGAUGGAGAAGGCUAUGGAUCAGAUUGAGAAGUACGUCAUGACACGCCUGUACAAGUAUGUGUUUUGUCCGGAAACUACUGACGAUGAGAAGAAGGAUCUGGCUGUUCAAAAACGGAUCAGAGCCUUACACUGGGUUACUCCACAGAUGCUUUGUGUCCCUGUUAAUGAAGAAAUCCCAGAAGUCUCUGAUAUGGUCGUAAAAGCCAUUACAGACAUUAUUGAGAUGGAUUCCAAGCGUGUCCCCCGAGACAAGCUGGCCUGCAUCACCAAAUGCAGCAAACACAUCUUCAACGCUAUUAAGAUCACCAAGAACGAGCCAGCCUCAGCUGAUGACUUCUUACCCACCCUCAUCUACAUUGUCCUGAAGGGUAACCCCCCACGACUGCAGUCCAACAUCCAGUAUAUUACCCGUUUCUGUAAUCCAAGCCGACUGAUGACUGGGGAAGAUGGCUACUACUUUACCAAUUUGUGUUGCGCGGUGGCUUUCAUCGAGAAGCUGGACGCUCAGUCUUUGAAUUUAAGUCAGGAGGACUUUGAUCGCUACAUGUCUGGCCAGACUUCUCCAAAGAAGCAGGAGUCUGAGCGCUGGGCUCCCAAUGCAUGCCUAGGGGUCAAACAGAUGUAUAAGAACUUAGAUCUUCUCUCUCAACUGAAUGAGCGACAAGAAAGGCUCAUGAGCCAGGCCAAGAAGCUGGAAAAAGACCUCAUCGACUGGACUGAUGGGAUUGCGAAGGAGGUUCAGGACAUCGUGGAGAAGUAUCCCCUGGAAAUCAAGCCCCCAAGCCAACCCCUAGCAGCCAUUGACUCGGAGAAUGUCGAAAACGACAAGCUCCCUCCUCCCCUGCAGCCUCAGGUCUAUGCAGGAUGAUGUCCAUUUACCUGGGGAGUGUUGGCUGGGACCCCGACCAAGUUAGGCCGCAGUACUCACUUCCUGCCGAUUGGAAGCCAGCAUAGGAGAAAGGACAUGCUUAGGAGGGUUAAAGGAGUACAAUUUUCAAGGUACAGUUGUGGGGGGUGGGGCUAAUGUGUAAUAAAUAUUAUUUAUUUUAGUUAUCAAAGUAGGUUCUUAUGAGGCUUUUGUGUAUUUUUUUUAACUGAACCUGCCUUUUUUACACAAAGCCGUUGUCAUUUUUAAGAAACACUAGCAUCAUUAACAAAUUCUUAAUGCUUCCUCCCAGGCAUGCACUCUGAUUUGGUUUUGGUUAAAUCAUCACUUUAAUCGUAAGGCGGCUAGUUUGAGGUCAUGUACGUUCAAGAGUCAAGCGGGAACUCCAUGGUACUACUGUCCCCACCUCUGAGAUUAUUUUGUAAUUAAAAAGUUGGAAAAUAUAUUGAUGAGUAAAUAUGUAGAAUUGUAAAUAUGUAAAGAAAAUUGGAAUUUCUGCUGUGCAUGGCAACGUGUGAGCUGACGUUCUUAGUGCAACACGACGUAUGGCCGUCCGCCUUUCUGACCUCCACUGUUUGUUUGUUGUUCGGCCCUUUUAAACGAGCCUGGCGGAAUUUAGAUGUUCAGGUGUCCAAGACCGGUCCCUUUUUGUAGCGCGGUGCGGGUGCUGACUCUGUGAUUCAGUCAGCGGGAGGUUCAUAUUCAAACCAGGACCUCAUCCAGGGUAUCGAUUGUCUUUCCCUCACGUCAUGUCACUGUUUAUUAUGAUGUCCAUCAAAUACUUGGAACCACGCUGUUGCCCUGAUCACUGAGAUGGUCCAUCUUUGUGUGAGUCUCCUUCGCGCAGGACGGCUGAUACGUGAAGGCCGCUGGCCUAGGGCUCAGGCAGAGGGGAUUAAAGAACGGCGGUCAGUGGUGGCCCCAGGCGGAAGUGGCCAUGACCUCUCUGCCGAGGACCCGCCCUUUGUCACAGGUGCCUAGCCGUGCCUGUCAUUUGGGCCUCGGCCUUGUCAUAGAUGGACCAAGACGGCUGUCCCGUAUCCCCUGCUUCUGAACAAGAAAGCAGAGACCUCGCCCUCUCGUCAGCUGUCACCAACCACUGAACGGUACAUUCCGGGCCCGGUGCCUCUCAGCCCGGCGGUUUGCCGUUGGGUGAAACUGCUGAGGCCGCCACUGGAGGGAGGCCUGUGUUCCAGGGGAACAUUUUCUCUCCUCUCUCAUUCCUUCUUCUGGCUGAGUCUCAGCAGGGUAUCCACCAUGCUUUCCCAAGGCAGCUUCUGGAGCAAUGACGUGUUCGACCGUCAUUGGGAGCGGCUUCCUUGUUCUCUCCCUGUUCCUAGCGCAGCUCCCAAGCUUGCAGUGAUUUCAGGUCCCAGUUGUGAUGUCUGUACGUACACACACACACACACACACACACACUUUAUUUACUUGGAUAAGCUGCCACCUGGUGCCCAGCUUCUCCCAACCAGGACUGGUCCCCAGAAAUGCUCCCAUAGAUGAAGCUGGUAACUCAGUGGCUGAGCAGCUUCUGCCGCUGCUCUUACGUAAUCUGUAACCCGGACAACUCUUUGGAAAGGGGCUGCUUUUCCUUCGGGUUAUUUCCUUGCAUUCUCUAGGUGCUAAUCCAGGUACAUGCACAGUCUCACUUUCCCCCAAAUGUACAAAACUUACUGCUGUACACUGCUUUUGUGGAAUAAAAAUAUGGACGCCACCCUCUCA